AAGUUCAUCCCUUUCAAGAUAACCCUCAUAAAAAUUCAAUUCAAGAUUUUUCUCAUAAUUCUCUGUGCAAAUCGUAAUUGCUACUGUAUUAUUUUUCUGUAUUUGAUCUCUGAUCGGAGCAGAUAAGUUACUGCGAUCUAGACUGCUGCAUAUGUAAUUCGAUUUGAGAAGAUUCGAAAGGAAAAGAAAAUAAACUACAAGUAACAGAUUCAAUUUUGAUUUCGUCAAACCCUACUCAGAGUUUAUCCAAUCGUCUCGAUUUGAGCAAAUAAUACCUACGAAUUGAGCAUCAAUUCUCCUUGAUUUGGAUAACGAGUAAUUGUUAUUGUGGAUCCAAACAAAGAUGAUGACAAGACAACCUCACCAAGAUGAUCAACAAUCUAGGGUUUUCUACGAGUUAUCUGCUUUGAUUCUUAACUUACUUCGACAUCCUCCUACGCCGAUUCAAUUCUCCGAUGAAGUGUCUACGUCAACGCGGAGGCAGCCGCGUCCGGCUCCCCUAUCGCAGAUAACGCCGGCGGGAUUCGCUUCUUUGUUAUUGGGGAUAUCGUUGGCUUUAAUGUUGUGUGGAUCAAUAACGUUCUUCAUAGGGUUUUUGUUGAUGCCCUGGGUUCUUGGAUUAGUUAUGUUGUUUUAUGUGGCUGGAAUUAUUUCGAGUAUUUCCAUGCUUGGUCGUGCCAUUUUCUGCCAUACUCUGUCUCCAUCUUCACCUAGAAAGAGCGUCCCUGCUUGGAAACUGUUGUGA